AUGCUACCACGUCUCCUGCGAGGGAGCGUGGCGAGUCCUCGUCGCCAGUAUGUAAAGACAUGCGGGUGGCAGCGUCCAGGCUGCUCCACGGACAGAAGACAUCUGGUUACGCUGGCUAUCGAAACAUCGUGCGACGACACAAGCGUAGCCGUGGCCGAGCUUCCAUCUAUCGGUCCGCUGAAAGUGCACUUCCACGAGAAAGUCACCGCCAACAACGAUGCGUAUAGCGGCAUUCAUCCUCUGGUCGCUCUUCACUCCCACCAAGUCAACUUGGCUCCGCUCGUCCACAAAGCACUUGCUGUCUCUCCCAGGCCUGACGUGAUCGCUGCCACUAGAGGCCCAGGCAUGCGCAGUAAUCUUGCCGUGGGCUUGGAUACCGCCAAAGGACUGGCUUUGGGACUCAAUGUUCCAUUCCUCGGUAUUCAUCAUAUGCAAGCGCAUGCUCUGACACCGCGCCUCAUGGCAGCGAUGCAAGCAAACAAUGGCCAAGACACUCUGGAGCCCAAUUUUCCAUUCUUGACCGUGCUUGCGAGCGGAGGACAUACGAUGCUGAUAAAUUCGACAAGUCUCACCGAGCACACUGUCCUCGCAGAAACGCAGGAUACGGCGUUGGGUGAUUGUCUGGAUAAGGCCGCGAGGGCAGUCCUGCCCCGCGAAGCACUCAAGCCUCCGUAUGGCAAAUCCCUGGAAGACUUCGCAUUUCCAAGUGGUGCUCUAGAUUACGAUUACGUGGCACCCACCCGUCGGCAGGAAGAACUGCUCAGACGUAAGACUAGAUGGAAUUGGGGUCUUGCGCCACCGCUCGCAGACAGCAAAGGUGGCGACAAGACUUCCAAGAGAAUGGUCUACACCUUCGCCGGUGUACUUUCUUCGGUAGAGCGCUUCAUGAAGCACAAGAUCAGCCCAGACGGGCGUCUGGCGAGCGAGAUCCGUUCAGCAGAGGAAGUGACCUUGGAAGAACGGCGCGAGAUGGCGCGAGAGGUCCAGCGAGUCACCUUCGAGCAUGUGGUUUCUCGCAUCCUGCUUCACCUUGCAACACUCGAUGCAUCAGCAGUGAGUACUAUAGUUGUUUCCGGCGGUGUGGCGUCAAAUUCGUACUUUCGACAUGUUAUGCGAGCAAUGCUGGACGCAAGGAAAUAUGGUCAAAUACGCAUUGCUUGUCCGCCUCCCUCGCUGUGCACAGAUAAUGCGCUCAUGAUUGCCUGGGCUGCCUUGGAGAUGUGGCACGCAGGCUACACAUGUUCCUUGGAGGUUGAACCAAUUCGAAAGUGGUCGAUGGAUCCUAGAGCCGAGGACGGAGGCAUACUCGGUGUCGGCGGAUGGUCAAGGCGGUGA